UCAUCGUUCACAGUUCACAGUAGGAGAGAAUAAGCGUAACUUAACUCUCAUAGGUUUUUCCCAUAAACACAUCAACUCUCAUUCUCCCAUACGUUUUUUUCUUAAGAAUAGGGUUGUUGUAAAUCGCACCGCUGAUCACUUUAUGUAAAUCACAUCGCCAUUAGCAGGAAUGGACAAGUUUGUGAUUAAAAGAAAGAGAACUUCAGAAGAGUUUCUUUCAUCUUCUAUUACUUCUGAUGGAACUGAUCCACAACAAGUACCUUCAAUUUCAAGUACUCAAGUACCUUCAUCUUCUAGUGCUCAUGGUCCAAAAGUACCUUAUGUCGAUGUUCCUAGUCCACAAGCAACGUCCACAGUUGUAGAUGAGGAGGUAUCGAGGUGGGACCUUCAAACAGACACUGCAAUGAGAAAACCGAUCUUGAGUUAUCAUCCAAAUGAUCAAGAUAAAGUCCGAAGAGCUUAUAUGCAAAGGGGUCCUUGCCAACCUAAGAAUUUUCCCUUUCCACAAAAGCUAAUGGGACAAAAGAAGCCAUCAAAUCGACGUUUCAAUGAAGCUUGGUUCUUAAAACAUGGAAGUUGGCUAGAGUAUAGCAUUUCCAAAGAUGCUGCCUUUUGCUUGCCUUGUUAUCUUUUUAGAAGUUGUGGUAAGGGUAAAGGUGUUUGUGAUGCUUUUGUAAAUGCCGGGUUUUCAAAUUGGAGUCAACCUGAUAAGUUAGAAAAACAUGUUGGAAACCAGAAUAGUGUUCACAAUGAUGCUUAUAUGAAAAGCCGCGAGUUACUACAGGAGUCACAUCAUCUUCGGAAUAUCGUUAGACGUCAAACAACAGAAGAGGGUUUGGGGUACAUGAUUCGUGUGAAUGCAUCAAUUGACUGUAUGCGGUUUCUCUUAUGUCAAGGAUUAGCUUCCCGUGGCCAUGAUGAAUCUGAUACUUCACAUAAUCAAGGUAACUUUCUUGAACUCCUUAAAUACACAGCUGAACAUAAUGAUAGUAUUAAGAGUGAAGUUCUGAAAAAAGCUCCUGGUAACAACAAGUUAACAUCACCAGACAUCCAAAAAGAAAUAGUAAGUGCAGCUGCAAUGGAAACUAUGGAUGUAAUUCGCGCCGAUAUUGGUGAUUCCCUUUUUGCUGUUAUGGUUGACGAGUCUCGCGGUGUAUCUAUUAGAGAGCAAAUGGCAGUUUGUAUACGUUAUGUCAACAAGGAAGGAUGUAUUAUUAAAAGGUUCAUUGGCAUCAUUCAUGUCCUUGAAACGACGGCAAUUUCAUUGAAGAAUUCAGUUGAUGCAUUACUUUCUAAAUAUGGUUUAAAUAUAAUGAGAUUGAGAGGGCAGUGUUACGAUGGUGCUUCUAAUAUGCAAGGUGAGUACAACGUACUUAAAGCACUCAUUCUAAAAGAAAACCCUUCAGCUUAUGUUGUUCAUUGUUUUUCGCAUCAACUUCAAUUGGCAUUAAUGAAUGUUGCUCAGAAGCAUGGUGAUGUUGCAUUGUUCUUUACUAUAGUUAGUGAAGUUGUUACAAUUGUUUAUGCCUCGUGCAAACGCAGAGAUGUUCUUCGACAAAAAGAACUUGCUAGAGUGGUUGAACUUGUUGAAAAAGGUGAACGUUUAACUGGCUCGGGAUUGAAUCAAGAAACUUGUCUCAAACGACCUUCUGACACACGUUGGGGUACACAUUACAACACGCUGCUCAGUUUAAUUUUGAUGUUUCCAUCAAUUUUAGAAAUGUUGGAGAUUGUAAGUCGAGAAGGUACUAGUGAAGCGAGGGGAAAAGCAUAUGCUUUUCUGAUUUUGAUGCCGACAUUUGAUUUUGUCUUUACUUUGUUAGGAAUCACUAACGAAUUGUCGCAAGCAUUGCAACGAAAAGAUCAAGACAUUGUGAAUGCUAUGAACUUGGUGAAGAUCUCUAAAGAACAACUACAGACCAUGCGGGAUGAUGGGUGGAAUAGUCUUAUGAAUGAUAUUUCUGCUUUUUGUGCUAAAAAUAAUAUUACAGUUCCUAAAAUGAUGUCUCCAUAUGUACCACUUGGACGAGGUAGACGUAAUCUACAAGAAGAGACAAAUCUACAUCAUUUUCAAGUUGGUUUGUUCAACAAAGGUGCGUUAAUUCGUCUUCCCAAACUAUAUCCAUCUGAUUUUUCUAAAAUGGAUCUCAUGAUUCUUGAACGACAACUAGACACCUUUCUUCGUGAUGUGCUUUCUAGUAACGAAUUUUUUGAGUUGGUUGGAAUCAGUGGGCUUGCGAAGAAAAUGGUUGAGACCAAAAGAGACAUAGUAUAUCCUCUUGUUUACUUGUUGAUUACAUUGUCUUUGAUAUUGCCGGUUGCUACAGCUACUGUUGAGAGAGUGUUUUCCGCUAUGCAGAUAGUGAAGAAUCGUUUGCGAAGUCGUAUUGGUGAUGAGUAUAUGAAUAACUGUUUACUCACAUAUAUUGAACGAGAAAUUUUUCGUAGUAUCAGCACCGACAAGAUUAGAAAACGAUUUCAACUUAUGGCACCACGUCGUGGGUACUGUUGAAUAUAGUAAGAGUUGGGUUUUUUGGUAAAGUAUAUAAGGUGUUCUUUUGGGUAACAAUGUUGCAUAGAAGGUGGUUUUUUGAGACUUUUGUGGAUAUUAGCACUUCGACAUGAUGCAUAAAGACAUAAAUUUAGAGAAAAUGAUCUGAAAUUUUAGAAUUAACUAUCUAACGUGCCUCUUGUGGUGUAUAUUUUGUUGUUACUGAACACUUGGGGGUUAUGAUAAUGAAAAAUAUUUUUGUUACAUCUUUAUGUUCUCUCUGUUUUUGUUGCUUCAAGUAGUUGUUGGUAAAUUUGAUUAUGACAACACUUACAGAUUUUAUAUUCUCUUAUAAUUUAAACUUUAUAUAUAUAUAAAGUUAGAUCAUAUUGUAUGGUCGAAAGUGUAUGUUUCUGUGACUAACAGGUUUAUUUGUUGGAGGUUGCUAGCAUACGACGCUGGAGACGAUGAUCGUUAAUAACAUACGUAAAAGGUACACAAUCUUUAGCAUUUUUUUUGUAUAGCCUUUUUUUUUACUGUGUAUUUUUUCAUUGCACCCCCUCUCUUAAAAUCCUGGCUCCGCCCCUGCUGCCUCGACGGAUAUCUAAGAACUUAUGAAACGUGCUCCACGUGUAAUUCAUAUCGGGAGUGACAGGUAAUACGGUUACGAAAUCAGGCAUGUUUCUGGCGGGAAAUGAAGGAAGGAUGGUAACGAAGAGGAACAAGAAGAAUGAGACGUGCUGAAACAUUUUUGUGUUCGUUUUUCUUUGGGAUUAGGAUUUGAAUAUGAAGAAGAGAAUGAAUGAAGGAUUUAGUUUGUUGUACAAGGGAUAAACUUAAAAGGAAUUGGAGAUGGAAGCCUAAGUGAGCACGAAAUGAUGUUUAAGUUAUGAAGAUUCUUUCUUGUGUUUGUGUUCUUACUAAAAGAUUCCGACUUUCAUAUGGUUAUGGUGGGUCAGCUACUAGCAGUAUUGCUUCUUGCUAUAAUUUUCUGUAUUUUUGUUGGAGUUUUUGAUUUUAACUUUUCUUAUUUACACCCCACACUUGUGUUGUUCGAUUGCAACAUCUGGUUUUCGCUGGUUUCACCUU